AUGCCGUCCGAUGCAAAAAAGAAACGUGAUCUUCAAAAAAAAGCUGCAGCUAAACAAAGACACGCUCAGUCAAGUAAAAAAGUUAAUAUAACAAAUAAUUCUAAUGCUAAUCCAAAUAAUGAUGAUUCAUUCGACGACAAUGAUGAUGAUGAAAUUCAAAAUGAAAAUGAAAACCCUACAAAUGAAGCAAAUGGUAAAACAAAUGAAGUAAAUGGUGCAACAUAUGAUAUUGAUCCAAAUGUUAAAUCAGUAAUACAAAAUCUUGAUUUAUUAACUAUGGUUGAAAAAGCAAAUGCCGAAGCAAGAUCAUGCACUGGUGUUCUCGGAAGUCAUCCUAGUGGUCGUGAUGUUCAUAUUAAUCAAUUUUCAGUUACUUUUCAUGGACAAGAAAUAUUAACUGAUGCAGAUUUUGAAAUGAAUUGUGGUAGACGAUAUGGUCUUGUUGGUUUGAAUGGAUCAGGAAAAUCAACCAUACUUGCUGCUCUUGGAAAUCGAGAGGUACCAAUUCCAGAACAUAUUGAUAUAUUCUAUUUAUCACGUGAAAUGGCACCAGUAAAUAAAACAGCAUUAGAAUGUGUUAAGGAAGUUGAUCAUGAACGAAUUAAACUCGAAGCUGAAGCUGAACAUUUAGCAGCUUUAAGUGAUGAUCAUGCUCAUUACGGGACGGAUGAUGAUCAAUCAGCAUUGAUGAAUGAAUACAUCAAAUGA